AUGCUGUUACUACUUGUUCUUGGGGAAUGUCUAAAGUUGUUCCUUGCGUCUCCUGAACAACUAGACCAUGAUCACUAUCCUGUCGAGUGUCGUGAGGUAGUUUUGGCCACAUUCGCUGUGGUUGGCCCGACGCUCGGAUUGGAUUUCGUUACUGCUUGUUCAUCGGGACUGUCUAAAUUGGUUUUUGCGGCUCCUGAACAACUAGACCAUGAUCACUAUCCUGUCGACAGGCGUGAGUUAGUUUUGACCACAUUCGCUGCGGUGGUCCUGGAGCUCGGAGUGGGUGGUGUGACUGCCUGGUUGCCGGAAAUAUCUGAAUUUGCUCCAUGCGACCACUGA